AUGAUCGAAUAUUUACAACUACCAACGAUAUCGCAAGCCGUUGCGGACGAAGCAAUUCAUGCAAUAUACAAAUUUCUCCGUGACCACCCAAAAAACGAGUCGUGGCGAUUCGACCUACCUCUUGCUUGCCAGCCAAUCGUGCAAGAGGCAAUCAGGGUAUACAAAGAGAAAAAAUCCUUGCACAAUACCCCCAUCCUAUUUUCGCAUGGAGCAAUGUUAACGAAGAUUUUCAACGCUGGAGCCCAAUACGAUACAUUAAUCAUUCCACUUUUGUCGAUCAAUAACCCAAGAGUAUGUCUAAGGCAAGACGGAAAACAAAUUAUUAUUGACUGGAAGUGGGGCAAAGUGCUGUUUGUGUCGAAACCUAUGGAGUUUUGCAUGGAGGAGGGGAAACAAGCUGGAGGAAUUGUUGUCCAAUUUGAGAGGGGAAAAGUGUGA